UUGGCUGAAAUGAAACUGAAAUCGUGGAGCAGGAGGGGAAAGGUAGAACGCAGAUAAAUGAGAAUCAGAUCACCUAGAGACAUUCCGACUUGAGGUACUGUCAGGUCAGAGGUUUGAAUACAACUUCGAAGGAAAUGGACAUCCCAGAGACCAAACUAUCUAGCUCCAUCACUCUAAAGUUUGACCACCCAACCCAAAUCACAAUAAAAGACCCUUUUACAUGUACUAUCACGGCCCUUUUGACAACCGCACUUCCAAAUGAAAUCAGACCUGUGAGUCCCACCGUUACAGAAAAAACAGAUGUCAGGGAUGGUUCCAUUACUUCUGAAAGUGCAUCAGAGAAGCAGCAUCAAAGUCCUGCUGAAAUCACAGCUAAAGUGGAAACAGAGGUUAGGGAGAAAACAAGGACUUCUAAGGCUGCACCUCCAAAUGAAAUCAGACCUGUGAGUCCCACCGCCACAGAUAAAACAGAUGUCAGGGAUGGUUCCAUUACUUCUGAAAGUGAGAAGCAGCAUCAAAGUCCUGUUGAAAUAAGACCUACAGAGGUUAGGGAGAAAACAAGGACUUUUGAGGCUGGAGCUGGGUUAAGAGGCUCAAAACGUCACCGUAAAGUCCUCCGUGAUAAUAUCCAGGGGAUCACCAAGCCAGCAAUCCGCCGUCUGGCUCGCUGUGUAGGAGUCAAACGCAUCUCUGGUCUCAUCUAUGAGGAGACCCGCGGUGUUUUGAAGGUCUUUCUGGAGAACGUCAUUCGGGAUGCUGUCACCUUUACAGAGCAUGCAAAGAGGAAGACUGUCACCGCCAUGGAUGUGGUGUAUGCUCUCAUGAGGCAGGGCCGCAAACUGUAUGGAUUUGACAUAGAAUGAUUUUGAGUGACAUUUUUUUAUUUGAUUUCUUGUAUUAAACUGGAUCAUCUUAGCUGCUACAGCUCGUCUGAUACAAAUAACACAAUACCAAAUUGUUGUUUGGCAUAUGUGACUUUAAAUGUUCAUGUGAAAAAAUAAAAUGUCCCAUCACUUUAGCUCUUCUGUCUACAGAUUCUGUUUACGUAAAACAAUGUAAAGCCUGACACACAAAUUUACAGAAUUGCCUCAAAUAUUUUUUUCCAUGGCAUAAGUACCAGCAACCCUCUGCUCUCUUUAUGUAUUUAAUUUAAGCUUGGACAGGGCAGACUGUGUUGACCCCAGGUUUGUUUUAAUGUUAAUGUAGUAUGACUUUUAACUUAUCUUUAUGACAUCAUAAGAAAGUAUCAUGUAUGAUUAUUAAAAUGUGAAUAAUG